AUGAGUUACCAAAGAUGAUGGAACACAAUUGGUCAAACCCUCCUUGUUGACCUUACAGCUAUAGCAGUAGUGUUAAAGCUGAGCCUUCCAUUUAUACAAGCCUUUAUCUUGUACUAUAUGCAGCCAACCAAGAAUUAUGAAGGCAAUUUACAAGAGAUAUGACCCUUCAAUAACUAUUUUGACAAAGGACAGAUGAUUUGUGAAUAUAUUCCUCCACCUAAAUUUGAGAAUUCCAUGGUUGGCCAUUCAGCUUGGCAGGAGAAGAGUUUUGAAAUCUGAUAUAUUGUUUCCACCUUCUUCAUUUCAACUAUUUAUGCUUUAGCUCUAAAGAGCAAGAACAAUAAUUUAGAAUGGUUUGACAUGAAUUUUGGAGGAGUAAUACUUACCAUAUUUUAUUUUAUCAGGAACAAAGACUUUUGUACAAUUGUUUCGAGAAUGUACACACACGAAUUUUACCCCUCUGUUGAUAUCAUAAUGCUAGUGGUGUUAAUCAUCCAGAUUCUUUAUGGAUUAUUUUUUCAAAUAAUUGUAAUUUGUGAUUGGAUCAGUUAUCAAAGGAAUAAGGUUGAAGUUCACAAUACAAUAUUUGCUUUAUGUCUUGUAUUCUCUAUUAUUUUUAUGGACUUUUUAUGUCUUUUGAUAAGCUUUUGCUUAGAACCAAUCGUCCUGUUUCUGUGAAAUAAUUACUAUGUUGUAUUUGCACACAACUCUUUUUGGAUCUCCUUGGUAUUUUACAGUGCAUGGACCAGGAAAAGACUCAAGAGUACUCUGACUUUAGAAUCUUGAAUUCUAGAAUGUCUGAGAAUGCUGGCUAUUUCUUUUGAUUUAACUUUUAGCAUCAAUUACUUCUACAUUUUCAAAACUGAUGAUCAUACCUUUAAAGACCAAAUAAGAUAUAUUAUGACCUUCUUAUCUCUUCAUGUUCUUCUGAUUCUCAGUUAUAUUUAUCAUCAGUGAAAUCAUUGAAACAGAUAUGCUCCAAAUGGCUUAAACCAAUAUGCUAGCCAAACUCAUGAUUUAUCUAAAGAUUUCACAUUGCUACAGAUUGAAAAGAAAUUAAUUCCUGAUUGAGUUUACUGUCUGAACAGCUUAAUUGAACCUUGAGUUGGAGAAAGAGCUAGAUUGGAGGAAGUACGUAUUAGUGAAUACUUGCAAUAUUCUUUAUCUCGACCCACAACCUACAUAAAAGUAUGUUGUGGUCAUCUAUUUCAUCCCUCUUGUUUCCUUACGAUAAAGACAUCUACUUCUCAAUGUCCAAUCUGUCAAUGUACAAUUGGUGGAGUUGUUAUAUAG